AGUUCCUUGAGUCAGAGUCGGUUGGAGUGUCCCAACAUCUGACCAACACCGUCUUCGUGGACAGAGCCCUGAUUGUUGUCCCAUUCGCAGAAGGUUGGUGAUCUUUGGCCUAAAUCUAACGUUUUCCAACAUAGUAUAUGAACUAACAAAGCUUAACCAAACCUGAUGCUACAUCCAAAACCAUACACACUAUUUGGAUUGUUGAUCAAAUUUGUAUUUAAAGUAAGAUUAAAUACACAAGUCUUACCAGAAAUUGGAAAUAUACUAGGGGUAAAAGGGAAUACAUGUGUAAUCUUGCUGUUCUAGUCUAGCAUAUCUUUUUUUUUUUUUAAACUUCUCUCUGUCAUUUGUGUUGUGGUUUUCAUAGUGGACAAGGCAUUUGCAGAACCCCUUCCUUGCUGACUGAAAAGGGUCCUCUACAACCAUCAGGAUUUUAGACAAAUAAAUGGCAGCUUGGCUCACGAGCCCCUUCCCACUGUUGUUCUGCUGUAAAGAUUAACUCUCUCUUUCUCUAUGUCCAAGGCAUUCUUUUCAUUAUAAGGGUAACCACUCAAUGAACCAUAUCAAUAGCUAUCCCACAUAUCAACAAUCUCUAAUCUGGACACAUAAGAGAUUAAAGUAAUCAAAGUUUGAUGAAGGUCACAAUCAGUAGUGGGUUUGCAUCUAAUCAACUAAAGGAAGCAUACAAAGGUAAAUUAACUGAUUGCAGCUAUGCAUGCUAGAGUAGAUUUGUAUAGUACUAGGCCUACAUCCAUUUAGUUACUUCCAGCUACAGUCCUGGAAGAUUCUGAACACCAUUUUGGUCAUGAUUAUGAUGAUUCACAUGCUUAUCUGUUUUUUUGGCCUUAACCCAUCCAAUUUGAAUAGCUGUGUUUCACAGUCCUUUUAUAUAUGUGCAUCUCCUUUCCCACAUAUACUGCAGGUAAAAUACGACUGGUUGUUGUUGCAGUGAAAUGCUUUAUAAUGAUCCUCUCCACUUGACUCUGAAAGGGUUCAGUAAGUCAAACAUUUAACGGUGGUUUUUCUUUUUGUUGUUGUGUUUUACAGUUCUUUUUCCUGGUUCAGCCAGCCCUAUAUACCAGGCCCUGCUGAAAAUGCCACCCAACAGUUUUGUCUUCUGCAGCUUAUCCUGUUUCUCAAGUGUCCUUUCUGUCAUUUCUCUCGAAGCAGCCGACGCGUAUCGCUUGUUCAUAAAACAUCUAAUGAAACUUGAGAGCACAUCCCACUGGACAACCGGCUGUGCUUGCUUACGUUUGGUUCAUGACUUAAAAAACAAGUACAGGAGUGAUUCCUGAUGAGUCUAAAGCUCUGUCACUGCUGGCACCAGCGAAUGCUGUGGCGGGAUGCAUGCCUGGAGGGGGCCUUCUCCCCACUCCAAAUCAUUUGGCGUCGAUGGGAGGCGUUCCUCUUUCAGCUCUCGGAAAUCCCAACAUGGAUCCCAUGGUUGCCAUGGGCAUGUCUGGCAACAUGAACCCCCAGGCCCUCUCUGCUGACUUUCUGAAGCUUAUGCAAUCCAUGGAUCCUACUAAAAUGAAUCCAAUGGCUGCUGGUAUGAUGGUUAAUCAUGGUAUGAAGAAUGACUCCAACAAGGAUAUGGAGGCUGCCAUGAAGAGGGUCAGAGAGGCCCAGUCCCUCAUCUCUGCAGCUAUCGAGCCUGGAAAUAAGAAAGACGACAAGCGCAAACAUUCCCGCUCCAGCUCUCGGUCUCGGCGGAGGAGGUCCAGGUCUCGCUCUCGUCAUAGGCGAUCGAAGAGCAGGUCUCGGCGGAGGUCCCACUCAAGGAGCUGGAGGCGGUCGAAGAGCCCCCGCAGAAGGAAGUCCCACUCCAGAGAGAGGGGCAGACGCAGCAAAUCCAGGGAUAAGAGGAAAGAGGAGAAAUCUAAAAAGCGCUCCAAGACGCCGCCUAAGAGCUACAGCAGUACCAGGAGGUCUCGAAGCAUCAGUCGGAGACGUAGAAAAAGUCGCAGCACCUCUCGGUCACCAAAGAAGUCCAGGUCCCCAAAGAGGAAACUGUCCAGGUCCCCUUCCCCUAGGAGGCACAAGAAGGACAAAAAGAAGGACAAAGAGCGAGAGAAGGACAGGGAUCGCGAGAGGAAAGAGGUCAGAGACCGGAGCCGAGACGAAAGAGAACGAUCCACCAGUAAGAAGAAGAGCAAAGACCAGGAGAAGGACCGCGACCGCAAAUCUGACAGCGAGAAAGGAGAUGUCAAGAGCUCUUUGCUCUUGCAGGUGACCAGGGAUUAUGAUGAGGAGGAGCAGGGCUAUGACAGCGGAAAAGAGGUAGAGGAGAGGAAGAGCGACUCUGAUUCACCCCGGGAGGAGUCUGAAGAGAAGCCUGCAGAAGAGAGCGGCAACAGGUCCAAACAGAACGGAGAUGACUGCCAUGAUGAGGACGACAUGGAGAUGAGCGACUGAGUGCGCUCAGAGAGACCCAGCCAGAUGACCUCAUAGAUCACUCAAAACCUUAAAUUAAUACGUGCGGGUGUCUGCUGGUUUGUAGUCACAUGUUAGAGACCAGUUCUCAAGACCGGUUAGGGAAAAUCUUGUUCUGUUUGGAAUAGCCAGUUUAUUUCUGUCAUGGACAUGACCAGUGAGCAUGUGUAGGAAGUUUGGCCCAAAUGAGUACCUUUUGUAAAAGAUGACAUCGUUUUAAAAAUGUCACAUUGCUGUACUUUUUUAAGUUGAAGGGCCUGUUGAAUGUGAGGGAUUUUGAAAGCGGUUUCUAUUUUUGUCCUCAAAGAUUUUACUCAUCUUGAACGUAGAGGAACUGUUUUCUCCUAAAUGACUCACUGAAUUGGUGUAAAUUUAAACAUUUUACAGGAAAGGGUUUGGUCCCCCGCUUACUCACUGUUAAUCAUAUUUAGCCUGGUACCAUUCUGUUUUUGGUGCAGUGCAGCUUUCUAUUCUUUCUGUUGGAAUCCUGAUAAAUUGACUUGAUAAGUACUUAAUACUGUUGUGACUAGUCAUACCCUCUCACCCCUGUGACAAUAUACGGUAGAUCAAAAUGAGUGUUUGGAUUAUUAUGAAUACCCUGUACUGUCUGCAACAUGUUUUACAAGGAUCUAAUAAAACUAGGUCUAAAUGGC